UUUUUAUUCCUGGUUAAUUCUCUCUCUUACACUUUCUUUCUUCUUUUUCAUCACUUUCACCACCCUUCACUCCACUCUACUCAAACAAGCAGCCAUGUUCGCCACCCGUCAGAUCUCCUCUAUCGCUAAACGCGCUUUCUCAACUUCUGCAUCUUCGAACGCUGCCAAGGUUGCUGUUCUUGGUGCUGCCGGUGGUAUUGGUCAGCCUUUGUCGCUCCUCCUUAAGCAGUCGAGCUUGAUCUCUCAUCUCUCUCUCUACGACAUUGUCAACACCCCCGGUGUUGCUGCUGAUUUGAGCCACAUCAACACUGACUCAAAGGUCACUGGCCAUACUCCUGACAACAAUGGUCUUAAGGAGGCCCUUACUGGCUGCGAAGUUGUUGUCAUCCCUGCCGGUGUUCCACGCAAGCCUGGUAUGACUCGUGAUGAUCUCUUCAACACCAACGCCUCUAUCGUCCGCGAUUUGGCUCAGGCCUGCGCUGAGCACUGCCCUAAGGCCCAUGUUUUGGUCAUUGCCAACCCCGUCAACUCGACCGUCCCAAUCGUUGCUGAGGUCUUCAAGAAAGCUGGUGUCUUUGACCCCAAGAGAAUCUUCGGUGUCACCACCCUUGAUGUUGUUCGUGCCUCCCGCUUUGUCGCUGAGGUUAAGAAGGUCCCCACUGAUCAGGCCAAGAUCACCGUCAUUGGUGGACACUCCGGUGUCACCAUCGUUCCUCUUCUGUCCCAGUCUGGCCAUAGCUUCACUGAGGAGGAGGUUAAGGCUUUGACCCACCGCAUCCAGUUUGGUGGUGACGAGGUCGUAAAGGCCAAGAAUGGCGCUGGCUCUGCCACCCUUUCCAUGGCUUUUGCUGGUGCUCGCUUCACCAACUCUCUCCUUGAGGCCACUGUUGCUGGUAAGAAGGGCAUUGUUGAGCCUACUUUUGUCAAGUCGGACGUCUUCGCCAAGGAGGGUGUUGAGUACUUUGCCACCAACGUUGAGCUCGGUCCCAAUGGUGUUGAGAAGAUCCACCCCGUUGGCAAUGUCAAUGAGUAUGAGAAAGGUCUUAUCAGUGCUGCUAUUCCUGAGCUCAAGGGUAACAUCGCCAAGGGCCAGAGCUUCAUCAACAAGGCUUAGAAUCUCUUCGUCUAUUUUCACAUCCCAUUAUUUUUGUUCAUAGUCUUUUUUUAUUCAAAUACAUCCAUUUACCUUGGAAUAGAAUAAAAACGUUGGUUUCUUUAUG